CAUUAGUUAGUUAGUUCUUGGUUUAUAAGGUCAUGAAAACAAACCUACUAUUUUGAUAUUGUGGUCCAGUAUGACUUAUGGGUUAAACUGCUUUCUUGUGAAUUCAUACACAAGCUUAUAGUCUUUGGGACAUCUUUUUGCUGGAAUUAUGUAUUUAACUGGCCAUAGCAAAGAAACCUAGAUUGACAACGACUGCAGUUGGGUGUCUCGAGCAUGGUUGGAAGUUUUCAACUGCCUUAAUUUCUUUUCUAGUGUUGGAGAUUGGGUGAUAGAAGCGUCCUAUGAUGUUGAUGUUUUGGUAAUGGAAGAACUUUUUUCUGCUAGAAACUGUCUGCAGACAGGAGAAAAUUUUAGUAGAGACUUUUCCGUAAGGGGAUUGGCUAGGUGAAAAGUUACGCUCAGACACGGAGAAACAAUGAUACAAUGUGGAUUGAACUUGUUCUCUUAACAACAUGCUUUCUUUUAGGAAAAUGCAUGUUCAUGCUAAAAGGUUAAAAAUGAACGAAAAUAUUAACUGAGCUACUAGUUGAUAAUUGUCAAGAGGAACGAACGACAAUUUCAAUAUAGAAAUGUUACUUGUAUCAUCCUUUAUUCGUCUGAAUUUCCUUUUUCUGUGUGUGUUCCUGUUGGAUCUCUUGCUAAUAAGGAGCUUCAAUUGGGUGUUCACAUGAGUCAGGUUCUUUGUCCACAUAGCAAUGGAAUAUUUAUUCACGUUUUGGACCUGUUUUAUGCUGUACAAGGAAUAUGAUAGAGUAGCUGCAAUGAGAUUAAAAUUUUUGGCUUCACAAGACAAGCGUGCCGAACAGUUCACGGUUCUGGUUAGGAAUGUUCCUCAUGAAUCUAAGCGCUCAAUAACAGAUAGUGUUGAAAAUUUCUUUAAGAAGAACCAUCCUGACCACUAUCUUUGUCACCAGGCUGUCUAUAAUGCCAACAAGUUUGCCAAACUUGUCAGAAAAAGGGCUAGACUUCAAAAUUGGCUGGACUACAACCAGCUUAAGUUUGAAAGAAAUCCAGAAAAGAGGCCAACUAAAAAGAAAGGCUUCCUCGGACUUUGGGGUGAGAAAGUUGAUUCUAUCGACUACUACAAACAGCAGCUUAAGGAGCUUGAUAGAAGAUUGACAAUGGAACGUGAAGGGAUUCUCAAGAACUCGAAAUCUAUCAUGCCUGCUGCCUUUGUAUCGUUUAAUUCAAGAUGCGGGGCAGCUGUUUGUGCACAAACACAGCAAAGCAAGAACCCCACAUUGUGGCUGACUAAUUGGGCCCCUGAACCACGAGAUGUAUAUUGGAACAAUCUGUCUAUAUCUUUUUUUUCUCUCAGCCUCCGCAAGCUUUUGAUUUCUGUGGCAGUGUUUGCUCUGGUAUUCUUUUACAUGAUACCUAUUACCUUUGUGCAAUCGUUGGCUAAUCUGGAAGGUUUAGAAAAGGUUGCACCUUUUUUGAGACCACUAAUUGAAUGGAAGAUUAUCAAGUCAUUUCUACAGGGUUUUCUUCCUGGUUUAGCUCUUAAAGUCUUCUUGCUUGUUCUUCCUGCCAUUCUGAUGUUUAUGUCAAAGAUUGAGGGACAUGUGGCGUUAUCAGUGCUCGAGAGGAGAACAGCAGCAAAAUACUAUUAUUUUAUGCUAGUCAAUGUAUUCCUGGGGAGCAUAGUAGCAGGGACAGCUUUCCAGCAACUUCAUGCUUUCCUUCACCAAUCAGCUACUCAGAUACCGAGAAAUAUAGGGGUUUCAAUACCAAUGAAAGCAACUUUCUUUAUCACAUACAUAAUGGUUGAUGGUUGGGCUGGUAUUGCUGGUGAAAUUCUCAGAUUGAAACCUCUGGUUAUUUUUCAUCUUAAGAACAUGUUCCUUGUGAAAACUGAAAGGGAUAUGGAGAAGGCAAUGGACCCUGGUAGCGUAGAUUUUCCCGAGACGCUUCCAAGUCUUCAACUGUACUUUCUUCUGGGUAUAGUCUAUGCUGUGGUUACUCCAAUUCUUCUUCCUUUCAUACUGGUUUUCUUUGCCUUUGCGCAUCUUGUUUACCGUCAUCAGGUAAUCAAUGUGUAUAACCAACGAUAUGAAAGUGCAGCUGCUUUUUGGCCCCAUGUUCAUGCACGCAUUAUUGCAAGCUUAGUGAUAUCUCAACUGCUUCUGAUGGGUCUAUUGAGCACAAAAAAAGCUGCAAAGUCCACUCCAUUUCUUGUGGUGUUACCUCUUUUAACCUUAGCAUUCCAUAAGUACUGUAAGAGUCGGUUUGAACCUGCAUUCAGAAAGUAUCCGGUUGAGGAAGCGAUGGAAAAGGACUUGCAAAACCGAUCUUCUGAAUCUGAUGCCAACUUGAAAGCAUACUUGGCUGAUGCAUAUCUGCAUCCUAUUUUCCGCUCAUUUGAAGAGGUUGAAUUGGAUGAAGUUAAAGUCGACAAAAAGCCACCUCCCAACAGCUCAAGCCCCCCGCUGAGCGAACUUAGUUCUCCAUCUCCAACUCAUCACGCGAAACAUCAUGAAGAAGAUGAGCCAUCUCAGGUGUCUCAAACAUCUCAUAAUGUCCAGCAUUAUGAAGUUGGACAACCUGGGGACUUGUUUCACUAUGAAUAUGAACAAUCCAAUCACAUAUAUCACUAUGAUGUCGAGUCACACCAUCAACAUGAGUCACAAUAUCACCAUAACGGAUAUCAUUAUUGAAGGUUUUAUCCUUUAGUUUGACUGAUGUUUAGCGACUCAAUUGCCCUAACCGCCAUACUUAGCCCAGCUUAACAUUUGCUAACCAGGUCAUGCCCCUUUAGUUGCAGUUUUUGUCCAUCAAUGUAAAUGCAUUUGGGCUACUUUCAUUUUCUUUUCGAAUUUCGUAGAGAAGUUAAUACAUGUGUUACAUGUCUUAUAUUCCUCUUUGUUGAGAAGAAAUCAUUAACAGCAAUCAGACAUGAAUACAAAAGGUGGAUUCAGGAUUUUAACA